AUGGCGCCAUGGGCUACUGAAGCAAGUGAAAUCCUACGAAACCUCGAGCAUUGUCGUAAAGAGGCGUUUGGAGUAGCUCUCACUGAUGAAAACAGAAUCUGUCAGCAAAGCUCGGGAGGGUGUGAACCGAUGCUCAUGACAAAGUCGCAUUUCUUCCGUGCUCCAAUGUCAUGGACCGAUUUAGCUCAUAGAGCCACAUUUAAUAAUUAUACACGCUAA